AUGGAGGAGGGCUUUGUGCCAUCGACGCCAAUGGAGAACUACAGUUUUGCCGUCGGUCAAGAAUUCCCAGACGUGAAGACGUUUCGGAGGAUUAUAAAAGAGGCCGCCAUCGCACAGCACUUUGAGCUGAGGAUUGUGAAGAGCGAUCUCAUCCGCUACUUUGCCAAGUGUGCCAAGGAGGGCUGCCCCUGGCGCAUCCGCGCCGUGAAGCUACCCAAUGUGCCAACUUUCAAAAUAAGGAGCCUCGAGGGAACCCACACCUGCGGCAAGAACGCCCAGCUCGGGCAUCACCAGGCAUCAGUUGACUGGAUUGUAGCCAUCAUCGAGGAGAGACUGCGGGACAAUAUGAACUACAAGCCUAAGGAUAUACUGGAAGACAUUCAGAAGCAGUAUGGGAUAACAAUACCCUACAAGCAGGCUUGGCGGGCGAAGGAACGGGGGCUCGCCUCCAUAUAUGGGUCUUCUGAGGAGGGUUACUGCCUUCUCCCUUCCUACUGCGAGCAGAUUAAGGGGAGCAAUCCGGGGAGUGUCGCGCAGGUCUUCACCACUGGGGCAGAUCGCCGAUUUCAUCGGGUUAUUGUUUCCUUCAAUGCUUUGAUCCAUGGCUUCAUCCAUGGUUGUGCGCCGGUCCUCUGCCUCGGUGCCCUGGAGCUGAAGAGCAAGUACCUCGGCUCCCUGCUUUCUAUCACAUCAUUUGAUGCUGAUGGGGGUUUGUUUCCGGUUGCCUAUGGUAUCGUGGAUGUGGAGACCGAUGACAGCUGGAUGUGGUUCUUGUCGGAGUUCCAGAAGCUGCUGGUGAUGGGCGGAGUAGCCCCACCUCAGCUCACGAUCCUCUCUGAUGGGCGGAGAGGCAUCGACGAUGCUGUGAAGAGGAACUUCCCUGCCGCGAACCAUGGGGUGUGCCUGCGAUAUUUGACCGAGAGUAUGGGCAGAGAGUUUAAGAACUCAAGGUUAGUCCAUCUUUUGUGGAAGGCAGGCUCUUCAAUCACCACAAUAGCUUUCAGAGAAAGGAUGGCGGAGAUCGAGGAAGUGUCUGCUGAUGCAGCGAGAUGGAUUCAAAAGGUUCCGGCCUGCCGGUGGGCGGUGCCCUACAUUGAAGGCCCUCGGUAUGGCCAUCUUGCAUCGAAUGUUGAAGAGUUAAGCCAGUGGAUCCUCGACGCCCGGGAGCUCCCCAUAAUCCAGGUCAUGGAUCGGAUCCACAGCAAGCUGAUGGCGGAGUUUAAAGAACGCAGUGAGAAAGCAGCGGCAUGGGGAUCGUCCAUACUCGUCCCAUCUGCAGAGAAGCGCAUGACAGAGGCAGUCCAGCUUGCAGAUGCCUACCGAGUGCUUCGCUCCGAUGAGGUGGAAUUCGAGGUCCUGUCGGCCGACCGUUCAAAUAUUGUGAACAUCGGCACCCGUUGCUGCUCGUGCCGCGAUUGGCAGCUGCAUGGGAUUCCAUGCUCCCAUGCCGCCGCCGCCAUCCUCUCGUUCAGGAAGGACAUUCACGGGUAUGCGACCGAAUUUUUCAAGGUCGCUAAGUACCAGGAGGCAUAUUCUCGGCCGAUCAACCCCCUUCCCAACAAAAGUCAAUGGAGCAAGGCCGGGGAGGGCUUGCCCGACGGCAGCAGCGGAACUGUGCGGCCGCCAACGUUCCGCCGCCCGCCGGGGCGACCGGAGAAGAAGCGCUUGUGCACAGAGGAGCUCCCGCGGGAGAAGCACAUUGUGCAUUGCAGCCGCUGCAAUCAGACAGGGCACUACAAGAGAACAUGCAAAGCCGAGCUCAUCCAGAGCAUUGAAUUAUAG